CUCCGAUCAGCUGACACAUUGAUAGGAGCCAAUUCAAACAGCUGCUGGACCGUUGACGGUUGCAUUUUGUCAAAGAAUUUAAGUGAAGUGUGAAACAUCUACUCUUUUAAAUCAUGGAAGGAAAGAAAUCGAGCUUGCAAUUUUGCCAAUCGCCGCCCCCGUCUCCCGGAGCAGAGCAGGCAGAGGGCCUUUGCCACUGCCCGGACGAGGAGCCCGUCAGGAGGUCCUGUCGCCUGGAGGAGCGGAAGCGGGCCGCACUGGGGGCCUUCCGCGCCCUGCCCUGCGAGAUCCUGCAGUUCGUGCUGUCGUUCCUGCCAGCGAGGUCGCUGUCCCAACUGGCCCUGGUGUCGUCGGGCUGGCGGUCUUUCCUCCAGGAAUGGCUGCAGCUCAGAUCGACGGCCUGGAUCGUGUCCCCCGCCAGGAGGUUCCCCGGCCACGGCGACGCCUUCUACGACGAGUACACCGAGCUGGGCAUCUUGUGCCGGCGAGUGAUCGCCUCCCCCGCCCUGCCGCUUCGUGUGCAUGCCUUCUGGUCGGUGCUGAAGAGGAUCGAGAGGGCCAACCUAUCGCACCACGAGCCGGACCAGUACGAGCCCAGCUUCGUGGCGACGGCAAAUUUCUUCAAAGCUGCGGUGCCGCUGAACUGCUGCCGAUCACCGGGGGAGAGGUUUGAGGCGAUGUGGCAGAUCGUGAGGGACUGCAUCGGCGACGACUACCUGCUGCUGCACCAGCCUGCCGGCCGGGAGGCUGCCCGCGAGACGGACCUUCGCCUCGCCCUCCGCGUGCUGUUCCUGUCGCCGUCCCCGCCGGCGCGCCACGCCAACACGGCGCGCUUCGACCGCGGCUUCCUGCUGCGCGCGCUGCUGAGCAAGCUGCCGGAGCCGCAGCAGGCCGCGCUCAUCUUCCUCUGCUACGGACCGCGGUCCGGAGACGCGAUCGAGUGGAACCGACCUUGCGAUGUGGUGUUCUGCACCCUGGCCCAGAUGGCGCACGUGGUCGCGGAGAUGGGGAUGGCGAUCGAGGCGCUGGCCCGCAACAGCACUCCCGAGUCCAUCUUCAACCUCGUCCGGCGCUUGACCAAGACGCCCAGGCCGUGGCUGCCGCGCUACGAGGUGACGCUGCUGCUGACCAUGGGUCCCCGCGCCGCGGGUGCCGUCCUCGCCGGGUACGCGGUCACCGCGCCAGAGGCCAUGCGGGAGUCGCGCUUCAUCUCCACCAGGAUGGCGCAGAUGCUGUCCCUGGCCCAGCUCUACAAAUCUAAACUGACUUCAGGAGAGCAGUAUACUGGACCAAUCUUAACUUCUUUAUUGCAGGCUGCCUCAAUGGAUAUUUUGCAAGUUCUUCAGCAUUUCUUUCGGUUUGUACCAGAAGAUGCACACCCCAAGAACCUAGUUGAUGAUGUUGCAACACAGGCCUUUUUCCUGGCUUUCAAUGUUGGUGGAACACAUUUUGUUGGCCAUGUUAUGGAUGUGAUCAAUCCCAUUCUUCACUACUAUCAAGGCAAACUAAAUGUGUAGUUCCAGGUGAAAACUUCAGUGCUGCAAGGCAUUUAAAUUGACAUUUUACUGCUAGAUGAAAUUUUUCUCCUAUGAAUUCUAGUAUUUUAUUGAUUAUUGCUUUAUUUAUAUUUUUAUGUCUAGUUGUUACCUGUUUACUUUAAUAUAUUUUAUUAUUCCUCUACUUCUGUGAUAAAGCUAUUCACUAGAAUUCUUGCAGUAGUUUAAGUAACAAUGAACUGUGAUCAACUUCAUAUUUAAUAGGUGAUUAAGACCCUCAGAUGAGAAGAAAGUGUGUAUUAUUAAUGAACUUAAGGUGAGCGUUAGAUAUGAUUAAACAGGACGUGUCAUCCCUUGCUUAUUUUAUAAGUUAUUGUAUCUUAAAUAAGGCACCAAACAUAUGGUCCAAGUUUCAAAAUGAAAUUAUAAAUAAAUAAAACAAUUUGUAACAA